AUAAUUGAAGCUACUCUUCCCAAAGCGUCUAGCUUCCAUUCUCACCAAACCACUCUAUUAAUCCAUUGCAAAGCUACUCCCUUCUCCCAAUUCUACUGCUUUCUUCUUAAUUUCUUCUACAAUUUUCCAAGAAUAGUAGGAUAUGGAGAGGAGGAACUAUGAAGAAGUCCUUGUAAGAAGCUCUCUUCUUGUUGAUCAAGAAAGUGUCACGAACUACUACCAUUGUAUUGGCCCAGGUGGUGUCGAUGGUGGUUCCUCCCCAGUCACAGCUGUUGUUAUUAUCAGCACAGUGGUGGCGGCCUGCGGCUCCUUCAAUACGGGGUGUGCUGCUGGAUAUUCAUCACCUGCUGAGUCUGGAAUCAUGGAAGAUCUAGGCCUCUCUCUGGCUGAGAUGCUCAGGGUUCUAAUCAAUAAGGGGUGGCUGGCUUUACCGAUUCUGUUUCUUAUUUUUCAGUAUUCAGUUUUUGGUUCAUUAUGGACAGUGGGAGGAAUAGUGGGUGCAUUGAUAAGUGGGACGACAGCAGAUCUUAUUGGCCGGAGAGGUACAAUGUGGUUUGCAGAUAUCUUCUGCAUCAUGGGGUGGCUAUUAAUAGCAUUUGCCAAGGAUUAUUGGUGGCUCGACUUUGGAAGAUUAGCAACAGGAUUUGGGGUUGGGCUUAUUUCUUAUGUUGUAAGUGUAGUGUGGUGUGUAGUUCAUAUUUCAGUUACCUAUUCAUGUUAUCUGUCACAUUACUUAACAAUCCUGACCAUUACUAUAAAGGCAGCAGUUUAUAUCUCAGAAAUAGCACCCACGAAUAUUCGGGGAGGAUUUACAUCAGCUAGUUCGUUGAUGAUGUGUUGUGGCUUUUCAAUGAUUUUUUUCGUUGGAACAGUUGUUUCCUGGCGCACCUUGGCUAUUAUUGGAGCUGUUCCAUGUGUAUUACAGGCCAUAGGUUUAUUCUUAGUUCCAGAGUCUCCAAGAUGGUUGGCUAAGGUUGGUCGAGAGAAAGAGCUAGAAGCUUCUUUGGGGAGGCUAAGGGGAGAGAGAGCUGACAUUACUCAAGAAGCAGCAGACAUCAUUGAGUAUACAAAAAUCUUUCUGCAGUUCCCAAAAGCUACAAUUCUAGACGUGUUCCAGAGGAGAUACGCUCAUUCACUCAUUGUUGGAGUUGGCUUGAUGGUGCUGACACAAUUUUCAGGGGUCACUGCAAUCGCAUGCUUUAUGAGUUCCAUCUUGGAGUCAGCUGAUUUUUCAACUACUUUUGGGAGUAGAGCAAUAGCUAUUCUCCAGAUUCCAGUUACUGCUGUGAGUGUAGUCUUAAUAGACAAAUCAGGAAGACGGCCACUUCUAAUGGUUUCUGCAGCUGGAAUGGGGUUGAGUAGCUUGCUUAUAGGAUUUUCAUUCUUAUUGCAGGACCUGAACCAGUUGAAGGAGGUCACUCCAAUAGUGGUGCUCAUAGGCCUAUUGACUUAUUCAGCAACUAAUUCAUUGGGCAUGGCAGGACUACCAUGGCUGAUCAUGGCAGAGAUAUAUCCCAUAAACAUAAAGGGCGUGGCAGGCAGCCUAGUGAUCUUCUCCAACUGGUUCUUUUCUUGGGUUGUGACUUACACUUUUAACUACAUGUUUGAUUGGAGCUCCACGGGAACAUUCUUCUUUUACUCUAUAAUAUCGGGUUCCACUGUUCUAUUCACUGCAAAGCUGGUACCAGAGACCAAGGGACGAAAGCUUGAAGAAAUACAAGCAUCAAUGACUCAUUUUCUCCGCUAAAAUAAACUUUUCAUGCUCUGUGGGAGUAAAUGGAACUUUUGUUGAUUGUGUCCUGACUUGAAGAAAUAGAGUAAAAGUUUACCUAUGCAAUUGAGUUA